CGGAAGAAGAGUGAUCAAGGCACCAAGAAACCAAUCUAGGGCCCAGUCAAUCCUGACAUCCUAACCACGACUUUGUUCGUCGACACCCCCUCGUCCUUUCCCAUCCUUUUUGUCUUACAUCGACAGACGACAGCAGGCCAUCAAGGCGUACCUCCACUACAUCCUCCUGCGACAUCGCCAGACUUGGCAUCGCCAGAGACAAUGCCACCGAAGGCAGCAGGCUCGACAGCCAAGGCCAAGCGUGCUGAGGCUCGCAAGGAUCGCAAGGCAUCAGCAGAGGCCGAGAAACAGAGAAAGGAAGACGCUGAGGAAAAGGCAAAAACAUCGGGCGCUGAGAGUGAGGAGGAUGGUGAGGAUGGCGAUGGUUUCGAGGACGCCGAGGGUGGAGACGACGAGGGGUCGCAGCAGACUGCAGUUCGAGGGGACAAAGAGGCAGUUGCAAAAGUCGACGAGUCUGAAGGCGCUCUUGAGAAGGCCGGGGAUGCGGAGAAGACCACUGAGGUCCCAGAGAACGAGGUUGGCGGCGCUGCCAUGCCGACACAGGCAGAGGCCGCUUCUGAUGAGACCACUGCAGCCUCAACGACAUUAGACUCGGCGUCAGGAGAGACUCAAGAAGCUGGUGUUCAGCACGAGGACGAGAAUCGUAGCCAGACGCCGUCCGCCUCCAACAAGGCUCUCGAGGCUGAGCCUGCCCAAACAGAGACUCUAGCAGAGACAUCAUCAGCUCCGAUAGGCCAGCCUCCACCACCUCCCCCUCGCCCGGCACCCAUCGACACCAAAGCGGCCGACGAAGACGACGCCCCACGCAAACGCUCCCAGUCCUCCCUCUGGGACAGGCUGCGUUCACCAGCAGACAAGGCUGCCGACGCCUCUUCCACCAACGUCAAUCCCACGAUGAUGAGCCCAACCGCCUCUUCAUCGGGCCAGGCCUCGCCACAAGAGCAGCGACGCCCCUCAUACCGCAACCUUUCCUCCACCUCGAUCUUCAACUCCUUGACCUCGGCAGCAAACUACGCCGCCACCUCUGCGGCUUCGCGUGGAUUCGCGAUCCCCGAACGGCUAGGCGGAGCGGCAGCAAUGGCUUCCCUAUCUCCCUCCAACUCGACCGCUGAUCGGGCAAAGAGACUACCGAGGCAUGCAGUAGACGAAGGCAAAUUGAUGGAAGACCAGAUGCGAUUCGCCGAGGCGAGACAUGUGCUUUCUACUUCGGCGGAUAGGGAGGUGCUUCGCUCCCUGGGCAAGGAGCUCGAGUCUGGAUGGAGGGAGAAACUGGCUGAGGUGACUCAGCUUCGCGUCGAGCUCGAGGACGUCUCGUCGAGCGUCGAGGACAUACAGGAUGAAAAUGGUCACCUGCGCGAGCAGAUGGCCCAGCUUUCGGAGGAAAUCGCUCGGCGCGAGGAGGAUUUAGAGGGAUUCCAGCGGCUGACCGUUGCACAUCAGGAGAGGGAGAGGGAGCUGUGGAAGCAAGAGGGCGUAGAGGAACGGGAAAGGCUGGAGUGGAAGGAAAGAGAGGCAGUCAGGGGAUUGGCAGAGGAAAGGGCGAUUAAUGCGCAGUUGAGAUUGGCGUUGUUUGCGCAGCUGAGAGAUGGGAUUGCUGCGGGUGCAGGUCAAGCUGGUGGUCAAGGGGCCAACAGAUUGAGUCUCUUCCCCGCGGGACCUAUCUUCGAUCAAGCAUCAUCGUCGGCCUCCUCCGAGGCGGGGGACAUGUCCCCAGAACUGAAACAGCAACAACAGCAACAGCGACUCUCCCGUCAAAUGGAGAGCAACGGCGAAGAGUCAACUUCGAUCCAGGAAGACGUCCUCUUCAACCUGAACCUACCGCACGCUUCGCGGUCCGCCUCCAAUGGCAACGAAGGAGGGGAUGGCGCGUCUACGCCUACCAGGAGCAGUGUCAGCGGCAGUAGCGCCGCGGCGGCGCGAUCCUCGAGCUUGCUGUCCGACGUCGUGCCACUGGACCAGCUGCGGCUGCUCUUGUCCCUUGAGGAGGAUGAAGCCGACGAAGGCCAAGGCCAAGGAGCAGCAGAAGGCUUGCCCUCGCAACAGGACGGCUCAAGCACGACAUCCUCCCUGCUAGCUCCACCACCCUCCAAUCUGACCCGCACUCCCUCCUCGUCUUCAUCCUCUUCUUCAUCUCAGCCCACUACUCUCUCUUCCCUCUCCCCGCACCUCCAAAGCGCCAAACGUGUAGCAGACUACCAGCUGAGCCAGGCUCUCCAGCUCGAGAACCUCUCUCUGCGAAGUCAGCUGCGUGACGCAAAUAAGAGGGCGGCAGAGAGAGAAAGUGAGGUAGCUGGGAUGCGCGAGAAGAUGCAGGGAAUGGAAGAGGCAAUUGCAGGGUUGUUGGAGGGGGGUGGGGCGUGACAGGGUGUUGCUGCGGGUUCUGAUACAACGGAAGAAUGUCGUGCGUCAUCGUCUUUGCUGAAUGUAAUCUCGUCGUGAAUUAAUGAAGGUUAGACGUCGUUGAAAUCGCGAGCAUCGCGUGGAGGCGCUAGCCCCUCAUCCUAGCUAGGAUCCACGCCUCCCUCAUAACUCUCAUCUCCUCCCCAGUAAGCACGAUGAGCCUCUCCUUCACAUUGUCCAGCCUCUCCCUCUCCACCUCGCUCAGUACAUUCUCUACCCCCUCGUCUCUCACAUCCGUCCUUUCGAUCUUCGCAAGCAGAGUCCUCUCCCUACCCCUCUC